GUUUUGAGAAAUGUGAAUAACGAACUCAGAGCUUUUUGAUAACAGGGUAAGAAUAGAAGUGGCUGCAUUUCACAAUGCUGACCUCAAAGGUACAAGCUGCCCAUUCUACUCUCCAAAGUUUACCCCUGAAGAUGCCAGAAGGAUUCAGAACAAAAGUAGUAGCGCCGAGAAAUCCCAAGCUGGUAAAGCGUGAAGACAAAGCCAAAAAGCUGUCUCCAUCUGUGUAUGCACGUAUGAUGUCUCAGACUACAGAACAGCGAUUAGCUAAUACACACGAGAUACAUCCACCUCAUAUUCUGGAGCUGUUAGACAUGAGUGAGACAACGCACCAAAAGUUUUCGGCUCUGGAUGUGGACCAGCCUUUUUUCCAGCCUUACCCAUCCGAGAUUGUGUUCCAGAACUACAUGCCCUCCGAGACGUAUGAGGUGCCGCUGGUUUUGCGCAAUAAUGACAAGAUUCCUCGCUUGGUGAAAGUGGUUGAGGAAGACUCCCUAUAUUUCAAGGUGGUCAGUCCUGUAGAUGUGUGCAACAAAGUGGCCCCAGGCAUGGCCUGCACCUUCACAGUUCUCUUCACUCCAGAGGAGAACAAGGAUUAUAUCCACAGACUGAUUUGUGUGACUGAGAGGGAGAAGUUUGAGGUGCCCAUCAGGGCAAUUGGGGCACGUGCAAUCUUGGACUUUCCCGACCACGUCCACUUUCCUCUGUGUCCAGUCAAGUGCUCAUCACAGAGAACUCUGCUAGUGCGCAACAUUGGGAAUGGCGAAGCCAAAUUUCAGCUCAGCACACAGAGCCCGUUUUCUGUAGAACCUCCAGUAGGGACUCUUGGUGUGGGAGAGAGCAUGCAGGUGACUGUUGACUUUCUACCUACAAUUACAGGAGACCACAGCCAGCAGCUACUGCUCCACUACCACACAGGAGAGGAUGUCUACCUCAGUUUGUAUGGAGCCUCCACAGAUGUCAAUGUAAGACUGGACAAGAACUCAGUGCUGGUGGAGAAGACGUACAUCACUAUGGCUAACCAGCGCACAGUGGCCAUCCUGAAUAGAAGUGACACCAUAGUGCAUUAUCAGUGGAAGAGCUUUGCCACUGAGGAGGAAGAGGAGCAGCACAAACUAAGGUUCCAUUCAGAAUUGCAGCAGGAGGAAGAGGAUGAGAUGGAGCAGUUUCUGACUGAAUGUGAUGCUGAUCCCACUCUGCGCGACCGCCUCUCACUGCUCUCGCGCACCUUUCAGCAACGGCGCAAGCAUCUCCGUCAGGACCGCCUAGCUUUCAGUGACCAGCACAUCAUCAUAGAGCCCCAGGAGGGGGACAUCUGGCCAAACCGGACAGCGGAAAUCAGCAUCAUCUUCAAACCCCAAGAAGCCAGACUCUACCAACACACUGUGUACUGUGACGUCACAGGCAGAGAGGCCCGUUUACCACUGCGUAUAAAGGGAGAGGGCAUAGGGCCCAAACUGCAGUUUAACUUUGAUCAGCUGGACAUGGGGAGCAUCUUCAUUGGGUCCAAGCACAGCUAUGAGGUGCUUGUAAGCAAUAAGGGGCUUAUAGAUGCCCCAUACAGACUGAUGCCUCCCAGUACAGCUAUGGGAUUGUGCUUUUCAUUUAACUCUACUGAGGGAAUGGUGCCAGCUGGGGCUUGCCAUGCUCUGGAGGUCCGCUUCUCCUCAGACAAACUGGGCACGUUCUCUGAAGAGUUUCACUUCACUGUGGUGGGGAACUCCCAGCCUCUCAGCCUCACCUUCAGGGGGUGUGUAAUGGGCCCGACGUUCCACUUCAGUGUCCCGGAGCUCAACUUUGGCGAGGUGUCCUUUGGCUUUCCGAACAUGUUGACCUGCUGGCUUAGCAAUACCUCACUGGUACCAAUGAGCUUUGGCCUGCGGAUCCCUGGAGAUGGCAUGGGGAGGGACAGUGUGACCAGCAUGGAGCAGGUCUCACAGCUGGACAGGAAUGAGUGGAGGCCAGCAGACAAGGUAUCCGAGAGGCCCAGAGAAUUCAAAGUGACACCCAGUUCAGGCACCAUCCGUGCUCAGAGCCAAGUGGACAUCCAGGUUACAUUGUGCUCCAACACUGUGCAGCAGUACACACUUGCUCUGGUGGUGGAUGUCCAGGGGGUGGGUGAGGAGGUCUUGGCUCUCCCAAUCAAGGCCAGGUGUGUUGUUCCUGAAGUCCGCCUAGAGAGCUCUGUGCUUCAGUUUCAGCACUGCUUUGUGGGUUACCCCUAUCAGCAGUCUGUCAAGCUGAUCAAUGACACAGACCUCCCUGCAUGCUACGGCCUUCUGGCUCAGGAGUAUGAGGAAAACCCAUCUCUGUUGUACUCCAGUCCUCAUCCACGAGGAGUUAUUCAGCCAUACAGUACGGAGCAGAUCCCUCUGGUUCUCCAGGCCAAAACAUUGGGUCAACUGCAACUCAGAGCUUUCAUUGCCAUACAAGGCCAACAGGGUGCUCCGUUGGAGCUGCUCCUGUCUUGCAUUGGCCAGGGCCCUGCAAUCUCCCUCUCUGCUACCGAGCUGCACUUUGGCACCAUCCCAGUGCUUAGUGACGUCCCAAGGACGCUGCAGCUGUCCAACCAGUCUCCCAUCCCGGCCCGCUUCCGUGCACAAAUGGCUCGGAGCAGGUCUCAGUGGCGCGUGGAGCCCACAGAAGGAGAGGUCGCACCAGAUGGGCAGCUUGACCUGAGGCUGGUGGCCCACCUUGACGACACACUGCCCUUUCAGGACAAACUACAACUGGCCAUCAGGGACAGUCAAAUCCACACAGUUACCGUCUCGGCCAUAGGCAAGGGCACCACUAUCGUCACUGACCGGCCCUUUGCCCCCAGCCUGGACCUUGGAGCCCACUUCAGCUCCGGCCCGUGUCAGUACCACUUUAGAGUGACCAACAGAGGUGGCCGCUUGCACCAGCUCUACUGGUCCACAGAGGGCUUUCCACAGUUCCGACGCAGAGGCCCACCUCCCACCAACAUGUUCAGGGAGGGGAAAGCCAGGAGUCCACUGGCAACUCCACCUCUGGAUGCCCCCGUCUUCACCCUGUCACCUGUGUGGUUGGAGCUUGCCCCGGGCCAAUCGGCUAACAUGCUGCUGGAGGGCUCCUGCGACACACCCAAAGUUGUGAGGGAGAGGCUGGUAUGCCACGCUGUCGUGGGACAUCAGACUGCAAAGGAGCGCAUCAUGACCGUGGAUAUCAUGUGCCAUUUCAUUGCUCCAAUUUUGGACAUGUCCUCCCAGCAGCUCAACUUUUAUGUGGAGAAGGUUCCAGACAUGUCUUUGGUGCCUCUGUACAAGAGAUUGAGUCUGAAGAACGUGUCCACACUGACCCUCUCUAUGGACCUCACCCUGGCUGAGCCUUUUGGACUCUGUGACCAUGCGGGUGAUGACUCAUUCACCACCUCAAAGGGUUUGAUGCUGGGUGUGGGGGCAGAGACAGAGCUGUGGGUUCGCUUUGACCCCAUGUACCGGUCAGAUCUUGUAAGCCGUGUGGCUGAGGAGGUGCUGGAGAUGCGGUACAGUGGGCACCCUCAGUGUGACACUGUGGCUCUGCGAGGUGAGGUGCACUUUCCCAACUUACACUUCUCCAGCAGUGUGAUAGACUUCGGCUGCGUGCUCAACCACACUGAGGCCCAACAGCAGAUCGCCAUGACCAACUGCAGCCCACUCCCCGUCUCCUACCGCUGGGCCUUCCUGCUGGACCAGGAGCAGUUCUCUAUCAGGUUUCAUGGGGAGAUGGGCAUGAUGGAGGGAGACGCGGAGGAGAAGCGAGAGGAGGCGCAGCAGGGGCUAUGGGAGACACAGGAGGCUGCCACAGGAGGCGAGAGACCCUGGAACAGGCAAACUGAGGUUCCCAAAGCUCAGAUGGAAGAAGAGGGGCCAGAUGAGAUGAGAGAGUCCAACACUGAGACCAAGGAAGGGAGAUUUUCCCCAAAAGAGCCACCUUCGACUUAUGGACAGGAUGUUCCAGGACUAGAUGCAGGGCUUGUCCAUGGCAAUCACACAUUUAUCUCACAUGACCAAGAGAACAGUACAGUGUCCCCAGCACAGAGGCCUACUCAGACCAAGCUGGAUCUUAGCACAGCCAGCUUGGCCAAGGAGAGACCUAACGUAGGAGUGGAGGAGAUAUUUGACAUCUUGCCAAUCUAUGGGCUGCUUCAGCCUGGUGAGAGUCAGCUGGUGAACGUCUCAUUCUUUGGCCAUGCUGACAUCAGUGCUCAGGUGCUGGCACUGUGCGAGGUUGAGGAAGGUCCUACGUAUGAGAUCACCCUCAAGGGAGAGGCAUCAGUGGUCACAUAUGUCCUGGACACAACUGACAUCAACUUUGGCCAUCAGCUGUUUGACCAUGUGGCAGAGGCAGAAAUCUCUUUAAGGAACACUGGGAAGGUGGGUUUUGACUACAGUGCUCUGCUGGAAGAUCAGCAGCUGUCCCCUGAUGACCCUUUACCUGGCCAACCCCUUGUUGUUCCCAGCAUGGGCCGUGUAGAAGCGAAUACAGAAAUUAAGCUCACUGUGUACUACCUGCCCGGAGUUCCAGAGGUUUUUCAGAAGACUUUCCAGUUGCAGGUGGCUUUCUUUGAGCCAGAGAUCAUUACACUGAAGGGAGAGGGCAUCUUCCCUAGAGUGGUCCUGGACCUGCCUAGAGACCUGGAUGAGGAGCGGUAUAGCUCAGUGCUGAAGGAGGCUAAGGAGGUGGUAGAGAGUGAAAGACAAAGAGAAGAGGGGCUGAGCAGGUCUGUUACAGGGGAAGGAGAGCUGCACGAAGAUGAUUACAUCCCUACCUACAACGCUUUGCUGCAGAUGGAAGUUGAGAGGCUCAUGGUCAAGGAAAAUGCCAUAACCACUGAAAAACCCCAAAGAGACACCGAACAAAGAGAAACAUCCAGAUCCAGCAGCAAAUGGCGCAGAAAGCUUAGCAGGUUUGUUUUGCCUGAAUAUGUCCUGGACUUUGGCUAUGUGAUCCAUGGCAGUGUCCCUACUCACAUUGUGAAAGUGACCAACACUGGACCUGCACCUGUUUCUUUUAGAGCUGAACGCAAUUCACUUGCAGACACAGGAUUCAGCACAGAGUUGGACAGGGUGAAGAAUCUGCCGUACUGCGAGACAGAGACAUUUGAAGUGAAGUUUGAUCCUCGUGGUGCAAAUCUAAAGCUUGGGGAGAUUACCUCUGUAAUGCCUAUACAGGUGUUGGGGGGUCCUACAGUGCAGGUGCGUCUGCAUGCGGUGGUCACCAUGCCCUCCCUCACAGUCUCCACAGAUGUGUUACAGUUCAACAAUGUGCAGUGUGGCCUGUGUCAAGUGGCUACAGUGCAGCUGCAUAACCCUGAGCCAGUUCCCUGUGAGUGGAGCAUCAGGGAAGAGGAGCAGCCCAAGAAGAAGACAGAGAAAUACAUUCCGCUUCACCUGAGACGGAAGACUCGUUUCGAGAAGCCAUCUUCUCCAGUCAUCUUUGAAAUGUUGCCUUCCACUGGCGUGCUGUAUCCGGGCAACAGGGUCAACGUCCAGGUCAAAUUCAGCCCAGCUGAAGGGAGGGCGUACAAAGAGAAGCUGGUGGUGGUGGUGGCCCAGAGCACCCAGCGAGUCCUGCUCCUGGUCCAGGGCCAGGGACAGGAGCCCCAGCUGGAGUUCUCCACUUCAGUGCUGGAGCUGGGCCCUGUACUGCCCUACAGCAGUGGGCAAGAAGCUGAGGUGGUGGUCCGCAACCCUUGCCCCUUUCCCAUUGAGUUCUACUCACUGGACUUUGACAAGCAGUACCUAGAGGAAGACAAGAUCUUGCGGAUGAUGAAAGGGUAUGAUGCACAGAAUGUGUUGCUGCUGCCCCCUCGUGCCCCCGGUGAGCCUCUGCCAGCUGAGCUCCUGGACUACUACAAAGAGCAUCAGUCCCAGGAGCAGGAGUUCAAGGCUGGCUCUCCUAAAGAGGACGGAGCUACUGAUGCUGGGAAGAAGGGGGCGGAUGUGGUGCAAGAGGAAAAUUUACCUAGUUCAUCACCUGCGGAACACCCCCUGGAGGAGGACAGGGUAGAGGCAACAGCUGUACAGUCCAAAGACAGAAUAACCACUGGCACAGGCCUGGUCAAAGAAGACAGCAAAACCAGCAGUGUGGGUGAUCUGGAGAUGAGCCCUGUGUCCAGAGCCAUCGCCCGUUACAUGGGCAUCGAUCUGUCACCAGAGGGCCAGGCUGCUCGUAAUCGCAGGGGCAUUGCCAUCAUAGUGCAUGGUGCUCCACUCUCGGGAAAGACAGGCUUGGCGGUGAGCUUGGCGACACAAUAUGGCGUUGCGUGUCUGAGUAUAGAUGGUAUAGUACAAGAAGCCAUGUCAUCUGGAGCCAGCACAGCAGCCAUGCAGGCAAGAGAACUGUGUGGUGUGGCUGUAAUGGAGCCCACUCAGGGGACACCAGAGGAAACAGCCCCAACUGUGCCAGAUGUAAUGGGUGCUGCAGUUCAGGCUGUGGGGGUGCUCAGUGUUGAGGCUGUGGCCAGACACACUGCAGAGGGCAGUCAGGCCGGUGACCCCAAAGCCCCCGCAUCCACUGUCUCGACCCACAACAAGACCAGCACCACAGGACUAAAGAGGAAUAAUGGCUCCAGUCUCACUGCUGUUGCCAUGGGGGCUGGUCAGGUUCAGAGGCUUCCAAGUGAGAGUGCAAGUCAGAUGGGUGAGCUGGGAGCUGUGAGCAGCGUAUUACCUGAUGAUCUGCUGAUAGAGAUCCUGUCAGAGAGACUACAGCUUAGCGACUGUCACCGUGGUGUUGUGAUUGACGGUUUGGAGACGCUGUAUUGCUGCUCUCCAAGCUCUGUGCUCCAGAUAGUCCUCAAAGCCUUCAACAACCGCAGGCACAUCUACGUGAUCAACCUCAACAACAGCUACUACGCUUUCAAAGCCAGAGAAAGAGAGCAGGCGGAGGCAGCCGAGGCCUUGCAAAGGGAGCAAAUGGAGAGAGAACAGCUCCGACAGCAGGAGAUGGAUGAGGAAGAGUAUGAUGAACUGCCUGAGGAAGAAAAAGAACGCAUAAACCGCCAACACCUGGAGGUGCUGAGGGAGAACAAACGCAGGGAGCAGGAGAGGCUACAGCGGGAGCAGGAGGAGAAGAAGCAGCAGGAGGAGUUGAAGAGGCUGCAAGAGGAGGAGGAGAUGAGGAAGAAGAACAAGAAAGGAAAAAAAGAGACCUCUAAAGAAGAUGUCUUAGGAAAGAGAAGCCAGCUUGGAGUGAAACAGUCAGCUUUUGUGUUGCGCUCUGAAUCCAAACUGGACGAGUACUCUAGGGAGGAGAGACAGAUGUCAUACAUGGAUGGCAAAGAUACCACAGACUCACCUCUGGAGAGUGGCAGAGAUCUUGAUGAGGGAGGCAAGAAGAAGAAAGCCAAAGACUGCAAGCUAGCUGGCCACGAAGAUUCUCCGCUGCCACCAGACGAUUUGGAGACAGAGCUGGGCACUGAGGCCGACAGGCAACUGCUCUUUCGCUUCCGCCUCUAUGAGCAAAGCCAAGCACAGAUCCAGCAUGUGCUGCAGUACUGGGACCGAGCCCAGGGCCUCCUGCUGCAGUCCCUCUUCUCUGAGGAGCAGCCUCAGGAGCCUGAGGAGGCCACUGAGCGUCAGGCACCCUCUGGAAAGAAGGCCAAGAAGGAGCGGGAGAAAGAGAAAGUGGAGCGAGAGCGGCAGGAAAAGGAGAAGCCAAAAGCCGAGCUCCUGACGCCACCGCCCAGCCAAACACACUUGGUGCUUGGUGACACAGAGGCUUUAGAGAGGGAACCGGUGCUGGAGGUCAUUCCCCAUAUCUGCAUCUCUGUCACUGAGAAGGAGCAGCAGAGUGAGGCCGAACUUCUCCAAAGCUUAAAGCUGCCAUCCUUGGAGGAGGUUUUGGAUGGGUUGGGGCUUGGACCUAGUGGCCCACCAAUCCCUCCUCCCAUGCUGUUUUCAGUGGUCCCAUAUCCCAAAAGGAGAUUGGGUCCCAGUCCCCAGCUUAGCUGCUUCAGUCUCUUGGUGCCCUCAUCUCUGGAGGACAUGGCUGAGGAGAAGAAGGAGGCAGAAUUGGAGGUGGAGGCCCAGAGUCCCAUUGUGUCCGUCAAGGAUGAGGUUGCAAGUCCAACCAGAGGAAAAGGUAAAAAGGCUUUGGUAAAGGAAGAGCAACCCAAAGAAAGCACAAAAGAAAAAAGACGAACUCCAGCUAAGAAAGGAGGCAAGAGUGUAGAAUCUCUUUCUACUCCACUCAUCACAGUCACCCCUUUCCCUGAAACUGACCAGGCCAGAUCUGUGGACAGCCAGUCAGAGCGUGGUCCAAGGCUCACUCAUUUCCGUUGGGUCGUGCCAGCGAGUGGAGAGGUGACCUUGAGGAUUUGGUUCAACUCAUCUGUUAAGGGAGAGUUUGAUCAAGUGCUCAGCUUUGAGGUGAUGGGAACCAAGCGCUGCUAUCAACUCUACCUCAGAGGCAUCUGCGCCUACCCAUCUAUCAGCAAAGACCAUAAGACAGUGUUUGCUCACUGUAAGAAGGUCUUGCAACCUGAGAAUGGCUUGCAGAAGGCAUACAUCAUCCGCUCAGGCCUAUAUGACUUUGGCCCACUGCUUUGUGGGAAGACCAGAGACAGAUAUAAAGAAAGGAAGUACCCAGAAAACACAGAGACACUAGUAAUGCACAACAACUCCCCAGUGGAGGCAGAGGUUCAUUUCUGCUUCCAGCAUGACACUAAGGCCACCACGUACCUCCUGGACCCACCAAGCAUGAUCCUCAAGCCCAAUGAGAAAAAAGAGCUCAGAGUAUUGGCAUACCCCACCACCCCAGGCCUCAUAGAAGAUAGUGUGGUGUGCUGCAUUAAGGAGAAUCCAGAACCAGCCAUCUUCCGGUUUGUCUGCAGAGGAGUCUGGCCAGAGCUAGAGGUGGAGCGCAAACAACUCCACUUUGACAAGAUUCUCCUUCACAGGAGGGACACACGGAGCCUGUGCCUGCGGAACCCCACCGCCCUGCCAGUGGCCUGGAGGCUGAGCGGCUUGGAGAUUCUGGGUGAUGAAUUUAGUGUAUCACAGGAUCAGGGCAUCGUCAUGCCCCACUCCGAGUUCUCCCUUCUCAUACACUUCCGAGCCAAGAAACCCAUCAUCCUAAAGAAAGCCAUACGUCUAGAGGUGUCAGAUGUGGAGAAUGUUCUUGGUAUCGUCCACACAGAAAACAUUCAGAUCAUGGCAGAAGCUUACGAUGUAGCUCUGGGCAUCACCUUUUCUAAAGGUGCAGAUGGUGAUCUGGACUUUGGAACAGUCAAAGUAGGAGAAGAAGUGAAGUUAUUGGCUAAUCUGAAAAACAAAGGCAAAUAUGAAAUAGCCUACAGGUUCAUGCUGGAGUCCACAGAGCUUGGAAUUAAUGAUAUCAACUCCAUCUUUACUGUUACGCCCCAGAAAGGCUCAUUGUACCCCAAUGACCGGCCUACCCCCGUCCAGUUCAUCUUUCGCCACAAUAAGGAGGUGUCCAUCAAAGAGCAGCCAAUCCUACGCUGCCAGGUUAUUGAGCCGAAUGUAGCAGAGGGUGGAGAAACCAUAGCCAUCAUACCCAUCAAAGUAUCUGCACAGUGUCUUUUCUCCAAAUACAGCAUCACCCCUCCAAAUGACAUCAACUUUGGUGCUCUGGUCUAUGGCUCUCGCAAGAUGCGAACCCUCACUGUGGAGAACCAGUGUGACUUUGAGAUCCGUUUCGCCAUUUCCAGAACAUGUAAAGAUCUCCCAGUUCCCACAGUGAGAAGAGGUCUUAUCUCUUAUAGUAUGGGGAAGAAGCCAUCAAGAGACAGCCACUCUGCAAAACCAUCUACUGCUGUCAAACUACGGCGGUCUGACUCCUUCCAGAAAGAGGUUACUGUGCCCACCCAGACCCGUUUGACUAUGGGGGUGUUCUCCUUAUCGCCAAGUUUUGGCAUCCUGUCCCCUGGUGGCCAGCAAGUGGUCACUGUGGACUGUGUUGCGGAGCAGGCUGGCUACUGGCAAGAGUGCCUAGUGGUGGACAUCACUGACCGAGACCCUUCUGACAGCCCAGGAGGGAUUCCUUACAGUCUGAUAGCAGAAGUCUGCAUGCCAGAAAUAGCCUGUAAGGACAUUGCUUCCAUCUUUGAGGAGCACCGACUGUGUAAGAACAGUAACAUGUUACACUGUGAGCAGUAUCGGGACGCUAUGGGCAUCUAUGUCCAAGAUGAGAACAAGUUCAUCUUCAACAAUGUACUGGUAGGCCGGUCAGCCAAAGCCCGCUUCCGCCUCUCCAACCCUACUAAAGUGCCGUGUGAUCUCAGUCUGCAGGUCAAAGCUGUUCUUAAUAAGACAUCUGUGCGCAGCUCUGAGGCAUUUGAGCUGACCCCUACACGAAUGACUAUCCCUAGCUACUCAUACGCCUUUGCUACAAUUACCUUCUCUCCUCAGACCAUGCAGACCUAUUUUGCAGUGUUUGAAGCAGCUCUAGAGGGGGCAAGUGGUCUCCUCCCUGUAGGCAAGAGCAAAGUGCUGGUGUUUGAUUUGGUGGGAGAAGGCAAUUUGCCUUGUAUCACUGUUGCGAAACCAGCCCAGAGGACUGGCCGAGGACAGCCGGUGCUGCAGUUCAAACGACUACUGAUAGGCAGAGAACAGACCCUUCCUCUGGUCAUCAAGAACAUCAGCAAUGUGUCUGCACAGGUAACCAUUGAUCUACUUGACAAGAUGGGAGCGUUUGCACUUCGGGCAGCUUCAAACACUACAUGCAGCCGAAUCUCCUCCUCACCCGUAACAAGUGACCCUGAAACAGUGAGGCAGACGGCUCAUUUAGCACACUUAACCCUAACAGCUGGGCAGCAGGCGGAGUUUGAGGUGGAAUUCCGCCCUGUGAUGGCUCAGAGUUUUGAGGCCAGCAUGCGACUGGCGGUACAAGACAACCAAUAUGAAGAGACACUUGUACAGCUGCUGGGUGAGGGCUACCAUGACAUCAUCUCUUUAGACAAUAUCAGCAGCAAGAUUGCACAAGACCAGGACAGCACUGAAGCCUGGUCUGACCUCCUGCACUUUGGAGACUGCCACGUAGGCCGCCUUUACCAUGAGACUUUCACCAUGAGCAACCACAACAAUGUGGAAGUGCUGCGCUUCGAGUGGCCUCCUGAUGGCCCGCAGCUGCGCUUCUCCCCCCAGACGGGCCACCUCCAUGCUGGCUGCACCAAGGAGAUUACAGUGAGCUUCUGUUCAGAGCAGCCUAUGGUGCUGAGAGAACAGGUUGUGAAGUGUAAACUCUGCCGGAUAACCUUCCAGCAGCCUGUAGACCAAGUGCCAGAUUGGGAUGACCUCCGCCGAACCAUAAAGUGGGUGGAUGUGGGCAAGCAGGCCUUAUCCCAGCAGCCAGCUAAGAAGAAGGUGGUAGAGACUGAUCCAGAGCCUGCCCACUUGGUGGUGGAGAACUCCUCUAGAGAGCUAGAACUGAGGAUCAGUGCCACAUGUGAUUACGCCACGCUUGAGUGUCAUGCUGAAUCCAUCCACUUCACGGACACUAUGCUGUACCAGACCAGAGUCUUCCAGAUGCAGAUGGCCAACAAAGGCACAGUGGAACUGAAGUACUCCUGGCAGGUUAUGAUGGAGACCUCUGGGAAGACCAUGUGCUUUAAUCAUGGAGACAUGACCCCUCGCUCUGCUCAGGGCAGUCGGACAGGUCUGCGGCCAGCCAGCUCUCUGGCAAGCGUGUCUUCUCUUCUGCUGGGAGACCCAGAGCUACCCCCCUUCAGUGUGGACCCUAGCAUGGGGCUCAUCCAUCCUGGAGCCAGCCAGACCUUCCGCAUUCGCUUCUCUCCCCUGGAAGUGGCUGAGUAUGAGGCCAGGCUGCUCUGCAGCAUCCCCAAUUUGAAGGACAAGCAAGGUCCUGUGAUUGCCGUGAGCGGCCGCAGCUUGCUGCCUUAUUGCCAUUUCCACCUGGAUAACUCGGAUUACCUCAGUGGCAACCGACGCAGCCCUGAACUCUGUGACCCCCAUGGAGCCCCACCCAUGGCCACCCUGGAUCCCAACACUAAAGUCAUACAGUUUACAUCCGUAGGGGUUGGCACAGUUAUCUGCAGGGAGUUCAGUAUUGUGAAUCCCACCAACAAGCCAUACUCAUUUUUAUGGAGAUGUGAAGAUACAGAAGCUAAACCCUUUACCUGCCUCACACCAAAGAACACCAUUCAGCCUGGCAAGAAGGUGGAGGUUUCAUUUAAAUUCCAGGCCAAGGAGCUGGAUCUGGUGGAGUCCUUCUGGACCUUCUUAAUCCCAGAGCAUAAGCUGUCUGUGCCCUUUCUGCUAGUGGGCACUGCUAACGAACCAGUUGUGUACAUUGAUCAUGCUCACCUUAAUCUGGGCAGCCUUUUUAUCGGUCAUGAGACCCGUAAAACAGUGUAUGUGGUGAAUAGAGAAGACCGACCCUUUAGCUUCUCCAUUGAGGAGGCUUCUCGCCACUCAGAGGCCUUCAGAGACAGCCUGCUGCUGGAGCCCAUGCAAGGGACAAUAGCUCCUAAAGACAAGCUUCCCCUGGUCAUAACCUUCGUGCCCAUGCAAGAAGGACCCGUGGUGUUUAAUCUGCUCAUAGUGGUCAGAGGGAAGGUCCAGCCACUCACCUUGAAUGUGAAGGCAGAGUGCUAUAGCAUGAACACCUGUGUUCAGUAUGAGAGUCCAGAGGGAGCCUUCACUGAGCUUUCACCUACUGACGUUCAUCUUGUGGACUUUAAAGUGGUGGAGCUAAGUGAUAAGUCCACCUGUGCCUUUGUGGUGUCCAACCCUGGAAAGUUCAUCCUGGACAUGCAAUAUGAGCUAACAGGGCCCGCAGAACUGCAGCGUCACCUGCAGGUGGAGCCGCGAACAGCUGUGGUGCCUGUGGGAGGACAUAAUCGCUGCAACCUCAGCUUCUUUCCCCUGCAGAAAUGCACUCUCAAAGACAUGGGCUUCUCAAUCAAGGUAAAGAAUGGCCCAGUUUUUCAUUGUUCUUUGCUGGGUUCAGCCAUUGCCCCAGGCCUGGAGUUUUCUUUCCUCAAGUACAACUUUGGAACAAAUUUCAUCUACUCUGCUGGCAUGGUACCUGCAACACAGACACUGCUCAUCAGGAAUAAAGGGGAGAGAGGAAUCAGCGUGGACUGCUUAUACUCUUCCACCCCUGUUCUGGAAGUGAGCUUCACUCCUGAGGUGCUACCCCCAGGUGGUUGCAUGGAGGUGCUUUUCACAUUCUACCCCAGAGAAACUGUGCGCUACCACGAGAAGGUGGUCUUUGAAAUCAACGAGUGUGCCAAACAGAUAGUGGAAAUCCUGGGGCAAGGAAUUGAGAUGAAGAUUGAUGUUGAAGAUCCAAAACACAAGGUUGUGAAGCUGGGAGCCCUGCAGGUGGGCCAAAAGAGCAGGAAACUAAUCCCUUUGAUCAACAACAGUCACUCGUCGCUGACCUUCUCUCUCCUGUUCACACCCUCGGCACACGCUCUGUUGGACUCUAGGGUUCUGUCCCUGCGUCCGGAGUGGGAGGUGACCCUGCAGGGUGGAGGGGGGAGAUGUAUGGUGGAGGUGGUCUUCACUCCUCUGAAGCGCAUGGCUCCUUUCAGCGAGGAGCUGCAACUGAAGUGUUUAGGCACCAUGAGACCCCUGCUGGUGCUGAAGGGCUGCUGCCAGGGCAUGGAGGUCACACUGGACCAGGACUACCUGGCCUUUGGGGCUGUAGCCCAGCGCUGCCAAGCCACACGCCGCAUUGUCCUACAGAACACGGGCGACAUCGGGGCUAAGUUCCAGUGGGAUGUGAAGUGCUUUGCUCCGGACUUCAGUAUCUCUCCUGCUGAGGGCUAUAUCUCCCCAGGAAUGGAGGUACCUUUGGAGGUGACCUUUGCUCCAGUUAAGGUGAGGCAGGAUGUGCGUUAUGAUAACCUCUACUGCUCCAUCGAAGGAGGCAAGCCUGUGACCCUCACCCUGGCUGGCUCUUGCAUCACCCCACCAGUUGCCAAUCAGGUGGUAAACUUUGUAUGUCAGGUACGCAGUCAGUGCACUCAGUCUCUUAGCCUAUCUAACCGCACAAACCAGCACUGGAGCCUGAAACCAGUAAUUGAGGGCGAGUACUGGAGUGCCUCACCCUCCUUUGUCAUUGAGCCCUACCAGCAGAACAAGGCCUAUGAGAUCACUUACAAACCCAUGGUCAUGACUACAGAUGGCAAAAAGCACCUGGGCUCUGUCUUCUUCUCUUUCCCUGAUGGCUCAGGCAUGCUCUACACCCUUCAGGGCGUGGCUGAACCACCUAAGGCAGUGGGCACUAUCAGCCGUGAGGUCCCCUGCAAGACACCAUAUACAGAGAUACUGCCUGUUCAGAACUGGCUGCCCAAACCACAAAGGUUCCGUGCUGUAGUGGAGGUGAUUAAGCCUGAACGACCAGACAGCACUGUCUCCCUGAAGGGCCUGGAUUAUGUGGACGUGCCUGCGCUGGCCAAACGGGACUACAAAAUCUCCUUCUUCAGCUACAAAGAAGGCCAAUACAAUGCCAAAGUGACCUUUAAGAAUGAGGUUACAGGAGAAUACCUGUUCCACUACCUCAACUUCAAGGCCACUCCCCCAGGAGUGAUUAGCACUAUUGAGAUGGUCACUGCAGCCAGGCAGACAACUUCAGCUUGUGUGACGGUGGACAAUCCAUUACAUACUAACCUUGUGUUCUCUACUGAGUGUCGCAGUACAGACAUCAGCAUGCCCUCUCAGCUCCCAGUGCCUGCGCUGUCCAAGGGCACCUUGAAGUUUGAGUACCAGCCUUUGCGUACAGGCGAGUCCACAACGCGACUGACGCUACAUAACAGUGAACUGGGUUUCUUCCAUUAUGAGCUGCUGCUCCAGGCUCUCCCUGCCCUUCCUGAGAAACCCCUAUUCUUUAGAGCCCCGCUGGGCAGCAGCCACUACCUCACUGCCAAGUUCACCAACUAUUCCCGCGUCAAGGCUGAGUACGCCUGCAAGACAGACUUUCCAGACUUCAUUGUGGACAAGAACGUAACGGUGGCGGCAGGCUUUCAGACAGGCAACGAUGCCAGUGUGGAGGUCUGUUUCGAGCCCAGCCAGCUGGGUGAAGUACGAGGCCUGCUAACAGUUUCAUCCAGCUUCGGUGGCGAGUAUGUGUUCCCCCUGUAUGGCACCUGCACCCCUCCCAAAGCCCAGGGCCCUCUGACCAUCCGUGCUGGCUCAAACGUCUCCAUCCCCUUUAAGAACGUUUUCCCACAAGCCACUGCUUUCUCCUUCCACGUGGACAACCCGGCCUUUACUGUCAAGGGUGUGGACACCAUCCGGUCCAAGAAGACCCACAACGUUCUGGUGACCUACGAGGGCUCACCAGCAGGCGGCAAGGCCCCUUGCACAGGGAAGCUGACCAUCUCCAGUCCACGGACAGAAGGCCAUGGACAGAGCCUCUCCUGGGUGUACUACCUAAAGGGUUUCUGCCCAGAACAGCCUCAGAGAGAGAAGACAGCGUAGGGUGAUGCUGAAAUCCAGAGAACAAAUAUUACAAUAAGCUGUUUUCCUCAAGCUGUAG